UUUCUGCGUGAUGUGUAUUUUGCUUGACAUUUGCACCUAGGCCCUUUUCAAGUGUUGCCUAGAUUUGUGUUGUUUUGGCGGAAAUCAGCGAAGCUCAAGCUUUAUUCGUGUUCCUUGUGUUUUGUAAAGUUUAUCGGAAAAUAUAGGAAUAGUUUUCGCGAUCGGGAAAGGUAAUUUUGAUAAAUAUAACACAAUAACACCAGUCGAUUAUUUUGUGUUUAUCAGUAAUUUGCGAAAUUGUGAAUAAGCACCAUGGGAAUUAAAGGACUAUCCCAAUUGAUAGCCGAUGUGGCUCCAUUUGCGGUCAAAGAAGGGGAAAUAAAAAACUUUUUCGGAAGAAAAGUUGCUAUCGACGCGUCCAUGUGUCUGUACCAAUUCCUGAUAGCCGUCAGAGCAGAAGGAGCUCAACUAACAUCAGUCGAUGGAGAGACAACUUCACAUCUCAUGGGAACAUUCUAUCGGACAAUUCGUCUGCUGGAGAAUGGAAUUAAACCUGUAUAUGUGUUCGAUGGUAAGCCGCCAGAUCUAAAAUCAGGCGAGCUUAAUAAACGUGCUGAAAAGCGCGAGGAAGCCCAGAAAGCGCUGGAUAAAGCAACCGAAGCAGGAGCUACUGAAGACAUUGAUAAGUUUAAUAGGCGCUUGGUAAAAGUUACCAAACAACAUUCCAACGAAGCGAAAGAACUACUGAAACUUAUGGGAGUUCCCUACGUUGAUGCUCCAUGCGAAGCUGAAGCACAAUGUGCAGCACUCGUAAAAGGUGGCAAGGUUUACGCUACUGCAACUGAAGAUAUGGACGCUCUUACUUUUGGCUCAAGCAUUUUGCUGCGUCAUUUGACCUUCAGUGAGGCACGAAAAAUGCCAGUCCAGGAGUUCAAUUACGAAAAACUUCUCAGCGGAUUCGAACUAAAUCGGGAUGAGUUCAUUGAUUUGUGCAUUUUGCUUGGUUGCGAUUAUUGUGACAGCAUCCGCGGAAUCGGACCUAAAAAAGCCAUCGAAUUGAUCAACAAAUAUCGGUCGAUUGAGAAAAUUCUAGAGAAUAUUGACACUACAAAGUACAUUGUGCCGGAAAACUGGAACUAUCAGCAGGCACGACAGUUAUUCAAAGAACCGGACGUAGCCGAUCCAGAAUCACUUGAGCUUAAAUGGGUGGAACCUGACGAAGAGGGCCUGGUUAAGUAUCUGUGCGGUGACCGUCAGUUCAAUGAAGAUCGCAUUCGGGCCGGCGCUAAGAAAAUUUUGAAAACCAAAUCCACCGCUACCCAGGGACGACUUGAUUCGUUCUUCAAGGUUCUUCCAUCAACGCCAGCACAAAAGCGAAAGCCUGAAGACAAAAAGACGCCUGCUUCUAAGAAAGCUAAAACAACGGCAGGAAAACCAGGGCGGAAGCCAAAGUAAAAGCUUGCUUAAUUGAAUUAAAAAUCAUUUACUGAAUGUUUUCUUUCAAAUAAAUAAUUGCUAUAUCCAUAA